AUGUCUUCAACAGCUAUUCAAUCCGUUGUACCAAAAGAGGAAGAAGGUAUAUUAAACUAUCUUUUGGAUGUCAGAAGUUCACUGGCAAAAUUAAAACAAAAUAGAACCCAAUUUUUGAAUUCCAAGGAUGUUCAAAGCACAUAUCAAGAAGUUCUAACUAAAGUUAGAGAACUGGACGAAAUUAGAAAAUCAUCGAAUUCAAAGACACUAUCUUCUAAUGAUGCUACUCUGAUUCAUAAUAGACAAUUACAUAAUAGAGUGGACUCUGUGCUUGAUGAUGUUUUCCAGCUAUUGUCUCUAUGUUUUUUAACUGUUGGUUUGAAAAACUCGGCCCCUGCCACUUAUGCAUCUUUGUCCACUGUGCAAAGUUUGUUGGAACAUUUAGAAGAGUCUAGAAUUUAUACACACCAUGAUUUGAAACCAAUUAAGGAUAGACUGGACGAAAUCUCAAAAAUUGUAGAGAAAAGUUGUGCCCAACCAUUAAUCGAAUCAGCCAAGGAUAAUGAUGAAAUAACAGCAAAAGUUGCUAGUGAAAGGAAUAAAAAUAAAUUGGAACAGGAUUUAUUGUUACGUGCCAAGUUACAACAUUGUAUCGACGAAUAUAAUAAAAUUGAAUCAAAUCUUGAAGAUAUCGACCCUGAAUUAAAUGGUUAUAUGGAAAAACUUUACCAAAUUAGAAGAGGACUUUUGUCCCUAGUGGCUCUUUUAAAGAACACAGAUGACCAAACCAUCACUGACACAGAACUUAAAGACGGUCUAGGUGGCGAUCGUCCUGGUUUUUCUUCUUCUUCUUCUUCCUCUUCUUUUAUUAAUAGAAAAAAUGAUAUUACUGAGAAAUAUUCUCUUUUAAAAAAACAGUUAGAAGAAGUUGAAACUGAAGUUCGUAACAUCAGUGAUUCUUCAGCCCCAGGUCAAACAAGAAAGGGUGAAUCUGUGCUUAAUGGUCUCUUGGACGAUUGUAAUGAUUUGGUUAAUGAUUUAUCGUAUCAAUCAGAAGGUCAAAUAAGUCUAAAGAUAUCCUUUGACCCUACUUUACAAGAGAUAUAUAAUAAAUUGGUUGAAAUUAAAACAUCAUUGUCUAAUUUAAUGAUAACAAGAAGAUGGACACUAAGAGAAACUGAUUUGUUUUCAUAUCAAAAACAAUUGAGUGAAAUAGACGGUAAAAGAGUUCAUGGUAAAUUUCCAACUGAAUCAGGUGACUCUAAAGGUCAAGCCAUUUUACUGUACUUGCUACGUAGAUGUUAUGCUAUUAUUUAUAAAUUAUUAGAAAGUUCUGAACCUGUCUCAGAAGCUUUACAGCCAAUUCAUAAUCAGUUGUCAACAGUACGUCGUUGUUUGUUGGAAUUGAAAAGAAUGGGUGGAGUUGAAAAUGAAAGAGAGUUAUACCCAUAUCAAAUGAAGUUAGCAUCUCUAGAUAAUUUACGUAGAGAUGGUAAGUUCUAUGAUGCUGAUGGUAAUAUUCCGGAAGGUCAAGGUAUAUUAAAUGCUUUACUAGCCGGUUGUUUUGAUAUUAUCCAUGAAUUAAAGGUAGAAGCUGAGGAACGUGAAGGUUCGGGUUCUGAAAAUAAUUGA